AUGGCAAAAUCAGCUAUAACAUUACCACUUCUCUUCAUCCUCCUCACCUUUAUCGAUGUCUCCAGCAGCGCCUCCAUGGUUUUCAACGUGGUCACCUUCGGGGCCAAACCGGACGGAGUCACCGAUUCCACCGCAGCGUUCCUCAAGGCAUGGCAAGGGGCUUGUGGCUCUGUAGCUUCAGCCACCGUGGUGGUUCCCACGGGGACAUUUCUAUUGAAGCCAAUAACGUUUGGAGGGCCAUGCAAGAGCAAACUCAAGUUUCAAGUGACCGGAACAGUCGUUGCUCCCACAGAUUACAGGUCCUUUGGCAGUUCCGGCUACUGGAUUCUCUUCAACAAGGUUAACAGAUUCUCACUGGUCGGUGGAACUUUCGACGCUCGAGGUGAUGGGUUCUGGUCUUGCCGGAAAUCUGGUCAGAGUUGUCCUCCCGGUGUUAGGUCAAUAUCGUUCAACUCGGCAAAAGACGUGGUUAUAAGUGGAGUGAAAUCGAUGAACAGCCAGGUCAGCCAUAUGACCCUCAACGGUUGCACCAAUGUGGCCGUCCGUAACAUCAGAUUAGUGGCUCCCGGAAACAGCCCAAACACCGACGGCUUCACCGUUCAAUUCUCCACUGGAAUCACGUUAACCGGAAGCACCGUUCAGACCGGAGACGAUUGUGUUGCUAUCGGUCCUGGCACCCGCAACUUCCUCAUUUCCAAACUUGCUUGUGGCCCAGGUCACGGGGUUAGCAUUGGGAGCUUAGCGAAGCAGUUAAACGAAGACGGAGUAGAGAACGUGACACUAUCGAGUUCCGUAUUCACCGGAACACAAAACGGCGUGAGGAUAAAGUCAUGGGCGAGGCCGAGUACCGGAUUCGUUAGGAACGUCUUCUUCCAAAACCUAAUUAUGAAGAACGUCCAAAACCCUAUCAUAAUCGACCAAAACUAUUGUCCCUCCAACCUAGGUUGCCCUACUGAGCAUUCGGGGGUGAAGAUAAGCCAAGUGACGUAUAAGAACAUACAAGGAACGUCGGCGACGCAGCAAGCGAUGAAGCUGGCGUGCAGCAAGAGCAAUCCAUGUACAGGAAUCACAUUACAAGACAUUAAGCUUACUUACAACAAAGGAACUCCUGCUACUUCCUACUGUUUCAAUGCUGUCGGGAAAAACCUCGGCGUUAUUCAACCUACUAGUUGUCUAAACCGAUGA